CGAUUAUAUAAUAUGUCGAUUCAGUUUGUAUUGUUUUGUGUGAAAAGAGCCAGUGGGAGGCGUUUCUAUCACCUAGCUAGUGAAGUGUUUUUCAUUUUUUUCAUUUUGAAUUUGACUAAAAUAUUACAUUUUUGGUCUAACGUUUUAUAUUUAAGUAUUUAUUUUACUUGUUUAUGGUUACAUUUGUCGCGAGCCAAUUAUUAGCUAGCCAGCCAUACAGGCUAGAUAGCCGAGGUCUUGUAGAUUGAUAGCCCAGCUAGCGUUAGCUGGUAGCGGGUAGCCAAGUCCAGGGUAUACAGCAACUGCUUUUAACCCCUGUUUUUACUUGUUAAAGAAAAUGAAGAUAACGGUUGAAUUCGAGGAAUGUCUCAAAGACUCUCCAAGAUUCAGGGCCACUGUAGAGGAGGUGGAGGGGGAUGUCGGGGAACUAGAGUCCAAACUUGACAAGCUGGUGAAGCUAUGCAUCGGGAUGAUCGAUGCCGGCAAGGCCUACAACACUGCCAAUAAACAGUUUGUCAAUGGAAUCCGCGAGCUCGCUGCAAGCUCCACCAAAGAUGACGUCAUCGAGUCCAGUCUCACAAAGUUUGCCGAGAGUCUGCAGGAGAUGAUCAACUAUCACACGAUUUUGUUUGACCAGGCCCAGCGAUCAGUCAAGACACAGCUUCUAACUUUUGUGAAGGAGGACAUACGUAAGUUCAAAGAGUCCAAGAAGCAGUUUGACAAGGUGAGCGAGGAGAAGGAGGCGGCGCUGACUAAGAAUGCCCAGGUGCCGCGCAACAAGCAGCACGAGGUGGAGGAGGCCACCAACAUCCUGACGGCCACACGCAAGUGCUUCCGCCACAUCGUCCUCGACUAUGUCCUUCAGAUCAAUGUACUCCAGUCUAAGAGAAGAUCGGAAAUCCUCAAAUCGAUGCUGUCCUUCAUGUACGCCCACCUGACCUUCUUCCACCAGGGUUACGACCUCUUCAGUGAACUACAACCUCUCAUGAAACAGCUGGGGGGACAGCUGGACCAGCUGGUGGUUGAUGCAGCCAAAGAGAAGAGGGACAUGGAGCAGAAACACUCCACCAUUCAACAGAAGGCUGCUCUGCAGGAGGUGACAGAGGUUGAACCUUUUCCCGAUGGACGCAGCUUUUGUGCGUGGAGGUCCUCCGACUUCUCGAAUGACGACACCAAGCUGGAGUACAAUGUGGACGCAGACAAUGGCAUCGCGAUGGAGGGCUACCUGUUUAAGAGGGCCAGCAAUGCCUUCAAGACAUGGAACAGGCGCUGGUUCUCCAUUCAAAACAAUCAGUUAGUUUACCAGAAGAAAUUCAAGGAUAAUCCCACAGUGGUGGUGGAGGACUUGCGGCUAUGCACAGUCAAACACUGUGAGGAUAUCGAACGCCGCUUCUGCUUUGAAGUGGUGUCCCCCACCAAGAGCUGUAUGAUGCAGGCGGACUCUGAGAAGCUGAGGCAGGCCUGGAUCAAAGCUGUCCAGAACAGCAUCGCCACUGCCUUCAGGGAGCAGGGAGAGGACGCUGAGAAGUUGGACCGGAGGUCUUCCACGUCGACUGGCAGCCUGGAAUCAGGCGGCGAGCCCAAAGAGAAGUCACUAAAGGGGGAGAGUGCCCUCCAGAGGGUCAUGGUCAUUGGGGGCAAUGCCUGCUGCUGCGACUGUGGCCAGCCUGACCCUCGCUGGGCCAGCAUCAACCUGGGCAUCACCCUCUGCAUCCAGUGCUCCGGAAUACACAGGAGUCUGGGGGUCCAUUUCUCCAAGGUGCGCUCGCUCACCCUGGACUCAUGGGAACCGGAACUACUCAAGCUGAUGUGUGAGCUGGGGAACGGAGUCAUCAACCAGAUCUACGAGGCUCGGAGAGAAGAACUGGGAGCCAGGAAGCCAAGGCCAGCAGACCCCAGGCAGGAGAUCGAGGCCUACAUCAGGGCCAAGUACGUGGACCGACAUUUCGUGCGGCGCCCGUCUGACGAGGAGCUGCGCUCCAAGGUGGUGUCCCUGUCCAAGCAAGAGAAGAGGCUGAGCAGCAGUUCGGAGCACCUGCCUCCCCGGCCGCCCCCACCCACGCCCAAACUCCGGCCCGCUUCCAAUGCCUCAAGUCAGUCAGCUGCCACCAAGGGCUUGGAGGCCCGCCGUGACUCUCUCUUCUGUCCAGACGAGCUUGACUCGCUCUUCUCCUACUUUGACACCUCCGCCAAGCUUAGGAGCAUAAGAAGUGCGGACAGUGGCAUCCAGAACAGUGCUGAUGGGAGUAGGGAGAUGCUGGCCACCAUCCCCUCCACGAACAGCUUGGCUGAAGCAGAAGCUGCCGAGGCACCUCCCAUGACUAUGCCUGCCACCCUGCCCCCUCCAUCGCCCUGUAAGGAGGUGGUGAUAUUCUCGGAGCCCAAGGAGUACUCCCCGGGACUGCAGCUGUACUGGGCCUCAUGUGCCCGCAGCCUGCCUGACAUGGCCGAGGCCCUGGCCCAUGGAGCGGAGGUCAACUGGGUCAACACCGACGACGAUAAGAGGACCCCGCUCAUCAUGGCUGUGCAGGGGGGCUCUUUGGUGACCUGUGAGUUCCUUCUCCAAAAUGCGGCCAACGUGAACCAGCAGGACGCCCAGGGCCGAGGACCACUUCACCACGCCACCAUCCUGGGUCACACUGGACAAGUGUGUUUAUUCCUGAAACGAGGAGCCAAUCAGAAAGCGGCAGACAUUGAAGAGAAAACGCCACUAUCCAUGGCAGUGGACGCUGCCAAUGCAGACAUUGUCACAUUGUUGCGAUUGGCCAAGAUGAAUGAGGAGAUGCGGGAGGCGGAGGGGCCCUACAUGCAGUCAGGAGAUGAAACCUACCAAGACAUUUUCCAGGACUUUUCCCAGAUGGCGUCAAACGACCCGGAGAAGCUGAACCGCUACCAGCAGUACGACUCGCAACAGAGGCCAUGAGGGAGGGAGAUGCUACAACUCAGGAGGACCCACUUGGAAGUGUGCAGAUAGGUCCGGAAUUCUAACGGGGUGUGCUCAGCACCAGUAUCAGAAGGCCGUUUCUCCAGAACCUCAAUGGCGAAGGUGUCUGUCAUAUAGAGCUUUUUAUUGGUUUUCAUGGUCUACAUUUUUACCCCUCGAGUAAAAAUACAUUUCAAUGUGGUGUUUUGGUAGCUUGUUUUCAUAGCAUUGAUCUAUUGUAUAUUAAGCUACAAGCGAGAUUCAUUAUGUCACAAUGUUAAACAUUAAGGUUAAUGGUCAUCCCCCAGGUAAACAUAUCCUGCCAUCUUACUUAAUUGCACAAGGUCCCACUUUCCUAGUCUUAAGUCAUCACUGAUGUUUACAGCGAAACUUUGAAGUGUGAGUCGAUGUACAGUGCACGUUGCUGGUUUUAUCACUCUUCCGAUAAAAGCCCAUAAAUGUGGCACAUGCAAAGAUUGAUAGUGGGUGAUUUUAGGGGUAAAAAUGUAUUGUCAGAUUCUCCAUGUUUGACACCAGACUAGUUAUCUGUUUGUGAGGGGAUUGGGGGGUAGUCAGUAGUGUUUUUGUUUUGUUGUGUAGGGGAAAACAAGCCGUAUGUUGUUUGAGUAUCAUUUCAUAUUCAAUCUCAUGUUGGGAUUGAACCCGGAAGCCAGCCGCACCAAUGUGUCGGAGGAAUCAAGUCAGCGUGCAUGCGCCCAGCCCGCCACACGAGUCGCUAGAGUGCGAUGGGACAAGGACAUCCCAGCCGGCCAAACCCUCCACUAACCCGGACGAUGCUGGGCCAAUUGUGCACCGCAUCUCAGUCGCGACCGGCUGCAACGCAGGUCUGUAGUGACGCCUCUAGCACUGUCUUAGACCGCUGCGCCACUUGGGAGGCCCUGUGUUUGUCUGUUUCUGUAUGUUCAUGUUUGAGUUUAAGUACCCGCUGUUUUUGAAAUGCUCACUAUUAUAUUUCAAGCUCAAGUAUUUUUGCCUCCUGCUCAUUGGAUAGCAAAAAAACAACACCUACAAACAAUCAGUGUAGAUGAAGAGGAGGAGACCGGUAACCUUUUACUGUACUGGGCAAAAUCAUGGUCACCUUAAACAAAAGUAUACGCCUCAUGGUUAUGGGCUUUAAAAAAAAUACACAUGUACCAUGUCAGAGUUUAAAAGUAUUAAAUAGUGUUUGUGUCCCAAUAUUUAACUUUAUAUACACAUCACAGAAGACUGAAAUAUAACAAAACUGUUUGAGAUACACCAGAUUUUUGUUUCGAAUUAUGAAAAAAAAUUACAUUCCACCCAUGAGGCCAAAGGUGCUUUUGGUCAUAGACUGCAGGAAAGUGCCACAGAAGGAUUUCUAAGCCUUGAGACAUGGAUUGCCAUUGAGGGUGAAUGGGCAAGACAAAAGAGCUUUUGAAUGGAGUAUGGUAGUAAUGUAGGUGCCAGGCGCACCGGUUUGAGUGUGUCAAGAACUGCAACGCUGCUGGGUUUUUCACACACAAAUGUCCAGUGUGUAUCAGGAAUGGUCCACCAACCAACCACUGUGGGCUGUGGGAAGCAAUGGAGUCAACAUGGGCCAGUAUCCCUGUAGAAUGCUUUCGACAACUUGUAGAGUCCAUGCCCCGACAAAUUGAGUCUUUUCUGAGGGCAAAGGGGGUGCAAGUCAAUAUUCUGUCGAUACAUACUACUGUCAAUCUUUUUGGCAUUGCAUUUACAAUACGAAGAGCUCUUCAGCCCAUUAUACCUGGUGCUAACAUGCUUUCUGUGUCUGUAUCAGCUCCACAUUCUGAUUAUGCCCACAUUUUUAUACCUGCCAAAACGAUUAAAAUAACGGAGUGUGAUCAAAUUUUCAUGACUACCUCUGGAUGUAACAUUUCUUUGACUCUCACCUGUAAAAACCCGCCCACUGAGCUUUCAUCCAACCAAUCAAUUCAUCCCUGACUGUCUGGAGGUGGUCAGGAAGAUCUGUUCUUUAAAUUGUCUAUACCUGUCUAAAAAUAUGGGCACAAUCAGAAUGUGGACAAGAUCAGGACAUGUUAUGUGCAGGUAUAAACGGGGCUAUACUUAAUACAACAUGGGAUAUCUCUUGUACAGAUUUUGUAUAUGCCUACGUUAAAUAUAAAGUAGUGGUACCAGAAUAAUUAAAUAAGCUCUUGUAAAUGCUGUUCAUUUUCUUAUUGUCUUUUUAUAUUUUCUCUCCCUAUACCACUCAUAUGUAUACUAUGUAAUUAAGGACUAUAUUAUAUUAACUGCAAAUAGUGGACUGAAAAUGUAUUGCUGAAUGUUGAAUUGUUUGCUUUGUCAGAUUGAUUUUAUAAAUACAUUUUCCGUUGUGA